UCUCACUAAGAUCCCACAGUUUAACUAGUCUGCACGCUUCCGAUGUCAGCAGCUUUCUAAUCAUCUCUGGUCUGUGAGGAGGUCGAUCUUCAUCAGACUCACGGCUUACUGGCAAAAUGAGUAACAAAUGGGCACUUCUCUUUCUUUUUACUUUAUUAUCGUCCGUCUUGAGUGAUCCUGUCGUCAGAAAGAAACGAUCGGACGAUGCAAAUCCUCUGGAAGCUGUCGUAGAAAGGCUCUCGCAGCAAGUCAUUGCCAUGCAAUCAGAGCUCAGUGUUUUAAAUUCUAAAAUCAAUACUCUGCAGACAAAUGUUGCUUUCCACGCUGAGUUCAGCCAGGAUCCUGUUACCCUCGGACCCUUAGCUGCUCUGAUCAUGGACAGGGUAAUCACCAAUACAGGGAGCGGAUACGACCAGCAUACGGGCAACUUUCACGUGCCGGUAUCCGGAUCUUACAUGUUUGUGGUAAACUGCAUGGGACCUAUAGACGGUUAUAUCUAUGUGGACAUUGUGGUCGAUGAUGCGUCAGUAGAUGAAACCAUCUCUCAUGGUGAUACAUAUCACUGGGACCACGUGAGUGAAAGCAUCAUCCUUCAUCUGAAGCAAGGGCAGAGAGUGUGGCUGAAGCAAAACGAAAACUUAACCAAGAGCAUCAGGGGAUCGCAUUGGAGCACGUUUUCUGGAUUUCUAAUCAGAGCAGAUCCUUAGAAAAGAUGGAUCGAUCAUGCUCACCACAUUCAUCAAUCAUAUGGAUUUAUGUCAAAUAGUUUCUAGGUGUUAUUCUGAAUCCACAGUCAUAGUUGUUGGCUUAAAGACCGCAUUAAGAGCCUACCGGUUUCAUACUUUGUCAAUGAGCAAAUAUAGAGGAUCAUUUGCACAUAUUUUUAAAAAUUAAAAUCACUUUUAUAUAAUUAAUUUUUCCAUAUUGAUAAUUGCUGAUAUUGUAAAAGAUUAAAAUAAUAAAAGUAGUUACAGGAA